AUGAGUGAAUUGUGGCAUAAAUCAGGCUUCUGUGUGGUAGAGAAACCCUAUCUGAAGAAGAUAAGCCAGACUGACUGAACCAUGAUUGAACCAAUGAAUUUUGUCCACCUGACUCCCAUCGGCUCUGGGGAGAUAGGGGCGGUAGAUGGACUUGCCAUGACAGGUGCAGUUCAGGAGCAGAUGAGAUGCAAAGGAAAUGGAGACAGGCCGUGGAGCAAUUCUACGGGCUUAUAGCUCCCAUGGGAAUGGUUCGGCUAUCUUCAAGCUCCCACUCUGUGUCCAGCCCGGAAGAAAUGCUGCUCCCA